AUGAGCAUUCCGUCUCCUCUUGGCGGGGGCAGCGCUUCCCUUCCGCAGAUGGGCAACCAAGACCCCAACGUCCGAGCUAUUCAAGGCGCAAUGGAAUCGUGCUACGGCAAGUCCAUCAUGUCCGGCGUCAUGGGCUUUGGCAUGGGCGGUCUCUUUGGUCUCUUCAUGGCCUCUAUGUCCUACGACACCCCCUUCGGAAGCCCCCUCCAAGGCGCCAACGGCCAGCCCGCCAUCACCUCCCUCCCCCUCCGCCAGCAGCUCAAGAUCGGCUUCAAGGACAUGGGCACGCGCUCCUGGAGCAUGGCCAAGAACUUUGGCAAGGUCGGCGCCCUCUUCUCCGGCAUCGAGUGCGGCAUCGAGGGCCUGCGCGCCAAGAACGACCUCGUCAACGGCGUCGCCGCGGGCUGCCUGACGGGCGGCAUCCUGGCCAAGAACGCGGGGCCCCAGGCCGUGGCGGGCGGGUGCGUUGCCUUUGCGGCGUUUAGCGCGGCGAUUGAUGCGUACAUGAGGCAGCCGAGCGACGAGUAA